AUGUCUCUCGACCCGGUGAUGCCCCCCUACAACGCCUCCGACCCGAGCGCCAACUUCCUCAGCUCCUCGUGCCUCGACUUUUUACUCAUCGAGCUCGUGCCGCUCGCGUACCGCGUGACGCAGGAGCGCGACGGCAACAAGGGCGACGACGCCGACGGGGAGGAGAGCGCGGACGAGGAACAGCAGAAGCAGACGGGCAGCGAGCGGAGAGCGGGAUCAACGGUGGCGGCGGCGGCGGCGCUGGGAGGGAACUCCGGGAGGCGCUUGGACGACGAGGACGACGAGGAGCUGGAUGCGGUGCAUUAUCGCCUGGAGACGCUGGGGUACCGCGUCGGCCAGGGUCUUGUGGAAAGAUUCUCUCGCGAUCGCCCCAGAUUAAACGACACCCUCGACGUCAUCAAGUUCCUAUGCAAGGAUCUCUGGUCAUUGGUGUUUGGCAAGAACAUAGACAACCUCAAGACCAACCACAGGGGCGUUUACGUAUUGACGGACAAUGUCUUCCGUCCCUUUUCGCGCAUGAGCACCGUGGCGGGUGGCCAGGCUGUGGUUCGGGCGCAGCCGUUCCUGUGGUUCCCGUGCGGCAUCGUCCGGGGGGCGCUGGCCGCUCUCGGAAUCAACGCCUCGGUGCAGGCAGAAAUUAACGAGCUGCCCGGCGCGGUAUUUCAAAUCAAGACGCUGCCCGUUAAGACGUGA